AUGGUUGAUCAGAAAUUGGCCUGGCCAGUCUUUAGACGGGGCGCGUUCCAAGUUUGGGCAGAACAGUCAUGUCAAAGUGUGAAUUUUAAAUGGUCUUACAAAAUGCUGUUUGAAUAUGGUUUGACUUCUUAUGUGUGGCAUGUAUUUUUGACAAUUUACCUCUUACGCUUUGUGUUUUGUUUCAAUGGUCAAAACCUACCUUACUCUCAUCGUAAUCAGAUUUUAAUGGCUGGACUAUUUCCCAUACAUUCAGGAGAAAGAAACCAAUGUGGUAGUAUUAACAUUGAACGAGGAAUACAUCGCUGGCAAGCUAUGCUUUAUGCUGUAGACCAAAUAAAUAAAAAGUACGAAACAUUAAAGAACCACACUGUAAUUGUGGAAGUUUUUGAUACGUGCCAACAAGAAACUCUGGCUUUGGAUGGAGUUAUAAAAAUUGUUGUUGAUAAAGUCAGUGCUGGUAACGGUAUGUGUCGUCAUAACACAAGCAAUCAGAAAGAUGUUGUAGCUGGAGUCAUUGGUGCAGCAUCUAGUUCUGUCUCAAUUCAAGUCGCAAAUUUGCUACGGUUGUUUAAAAUACCGCAAAUAAGCUACGCAUCUACAAGUGCUUUGCUAAACGAUCGACAAAAGUAUAACUUUUUUACUCGAACUGUUCCACCAGACACUCAACAGGCUAGCGCAAUGAUGGAUUUGGCGAAUUAUUUUAAUUGGACAGCAGUAAUGAUUCUUUACUCGGAAGGGAGUUACGGAGAGAGCGGUUUUGAAGCGUUAAAAGCGAAAGCAAAGUUAUUCAAUAUUUGCAUCGCAUUUCACUUUAAACUCGGAAGUAAUGUCGGCGACUAUGAAUCUCUUGUCGACGAGUUAAAGAAACGAUCUACAACAAGGGUUGUAAUUCUUUUUCUGGAUGGUCAGCACAUUCAAUUAUUGUUGGAAGCUGCCGCCCACCAAAACGCGGAAUUUACUUGGGUGGCUAGUGACUAUUGGGGCACCCGAAGUGACUUUUUAGAUUCUGCAAAACUGAGAAGUGUUGCUAACGGAGCCUUAACGCUUACUCUCAAAUCAAAUUUUUCGUUGGAAAAAUUUAGGCGAUAUUUUUGCAAAUUAAAACCAGAUUUCCGCUCUGAGCAGGAUUUACCCAACUCUGUGGCUUGGUUUAACGAAUACUGGAUUCGAAAAUACAAUUGUUCUAGUAACAUAUCGAGUUGUACACGUGACCAGCAUUGUGCUAACAUCAGGUUCGAUGACAAAGUACCGUACGUAAUCGAUUCUGUGUAUGCGCUAACACAAGCAAUGGAUUCCGUUAUAAAAAAACUAUGUGACAACAAAACCUCUUGUGAGAACUGGGCGCAAUUUAAAGGGGAACAGGUCCGAGAUAGCCUUAUGAAUGGUCAAUACAACGGAAUAUAUGGACUAACGACAUUCGACGAGACUGGAAGUGCGAACCAUGGCUAUGAUAUCAUGCAAUACAUAAAUGGCUCAUACUUCCGUCUUGGUGGAUGGAAAAAUAAUCUUUCGGUAACAAAUGCUCCAAAAAAAAUGGUAAAGUCGUAUUGUUCCCCAGUAUGUCGUAUUGGUUUCGUUAAGCGACAAAAACAGAACAGCCCUAAAUGUUGUCACACUUGUUUUGAAUGUGGUCAUAAUCAAUACGCUGGUAAUAUUACGGAUUGUUAUUACUGCAGUAAUGGACAUCGACCUAACGCGACGAGAAAUGGAUGUGAAGUACUGCCUAUUCGACAUCUGGCAACUUCGUGGGUUACUAUGGUUGCAGUACUAGCUGGUGUGGGAAUAAUAGCAACGCUUAGCGUGAUUUUGAUCUUCAUUUAUUAUAAAAACACUGAAAUUGUUCAGACUUCCGCUCCAGAAUUAUCAUUCCCUCUACUUGUUGGUGUUUUACUCUGUUAUAUUCUCACUUUUAUCAUUGUAGCAGAUCAAACUGACGUGUUGUGUGGCAUUCAACGUUUUGGACUUGGAUUUUGUUUAAGUAUAUGUUACAGCGCACUGCUGACCAAAACCAAUCGAUUGUCGCGUGUUUUUAACGACCAGUCCCAUCAUGCACCACGUUUUAUCACAGCUUCUUCGCAGAUUGUAAUCCUGUGUGGUCUUGUGUUUGUCGAGUGUGCUCUUGCUACGAUUGGUUUGUACAAUAACGCACCCGGAAUUGUACCGGUUGAACAAAAUAAAAAAACCGAAGUUUUUUUUCUUUGCAAGGUACCGCUUUUUGAUAUUAUCACUUCUUAUGCGUACAACUUUGUGUUGGUGGCUGUUUGUACGUUGUACGCUUUUAAAACAAGACACAUUCCAGCGUGUUUCAACGAAGCUCGUUAUCUGGGCUUUGUCAUGUAUAUAACUUGUAUCAUCUGGCUGUCAUUUAUUCCAUUGUAUUCAGUUGAUAUCAGCAAGGAGAAUGUUGUCAUAGUACUCUGUUUUAAUAUUAUAUUAAACGCAACAACUAUUCUGGCUGGUUUAUUCGGACCAAAGUUGUAUGUGAUUACAUGCCAUCCAUCUCGCAACAAACGAACACGAUCAACGCGAUCGUUUUUACAGUUGAGCCAGUCAAUGGACAACUCUGAGAGCUGUGUUGAAAGAAAAAUGACCACGUAUAGCUUGCACUGCGACACUAAAAAAUGAGUGUGUUCGACUUUUCUGUUUGCACAGAAUUUGAAGGGUUAUCAUGAUGCACCAAAGUUACGCGUUCACGCGACAUGCUACUGUGUAAACAAUGUUAACAUCAGUUAACUGAGACUUCAUUGAAGUACUAUACUCCUAAUUUGACAACCGUUAUUCUUCUAGCUGAUUAAUCCACAAAUUUGAAAACUCUCAUUUAAGAUGGUGCUUUAAUUUUUGCUUUUCUUAAAUGUUUUUUGUUAUGCAACAUUUAGGUAUAUUUGAGGUGCAAAAUAUUCUUAUUGAUUCACAUGCAAUGAUUUUUUCCAUGACUUUUGUCUUAGAUGCUACAGCUUCUCGCUACAUCACUUAUAGAAAAUUUGUAGAAUACUUGAAGUUUUUGUAUAUUUUUUACAUUUUGCGAACAUAGAAAUGAGCAAUUUUAAAAAUUUAGCGACAGUCAACUUUUGCGAAUCAUCAAAAGAUAACCUUGUAAAUUUAAAGGAUUAAACUCUAAAACGUGUUCUUUUGUUAUCAAAACAUUGGUUAGAAUUUUUCACCCCGAAAAUUAACUUUUUGCACCCAUAAACUUAUGCAAUUAAUGCUCUUAUAAAGUUUUGUAACAUAAACUUUCGCGAAAUCGGCCAAAAUUUCAGUAAUUUGCGAGAGUUUUUGUAUUAGAAUUAAUUUUCCUUUAUUUUUUUAUCAAUUUUUGUUUGUAGCAAUGUACAUUUGUAUAAAAGUAGUAUUUCGUGUAUAUACGUUUAGUUGAAAGAAUAUAUUGCAAAAAAGAA